AUGAUGAUGAUGUCCCUGAACAGCAAGCAGGCGUUCAGCAUGCCGCACGGCGGCAGCCUGCACGUGGAGCCCAAGUACUCGGCAUUGCACAGCGCCUCGCCCGGGUCCUCUGCACCCGCGGCGCCCUCCGCCAGCUCUCCUAGCAGCUCGAGCAAUGCUGGCGGCGGUGGCGGCAGUGGCGGGGGCGGUGGAGGCCGGAGCAGCAGCUCCAGUAGCAGUGGCAGCAGCGGCGGCAGCGGCGGGGGCUCCGAGGCGAUGCGGAGAGCGUGUCUUCCAACCCCACCGAGCAAUAUAUUCGGCGGGCUGGAUGAGAGUCUGCUGGCCCGCGCCGAGGCUCUGGCGGCGGUGGACAUCGUCUCCCAGAGCAAGAGCCACCACCAUCACCCGCCCCACCACAGCCCCUUCAAGCCGGACGCCACCUACCACACCAUGAAUACCAUCCCGUGCACGUCGGCUGCCUCCUCUUCGUCGGUGCCCAUCUCGCACCCGUCCGCGCUGGCGGGCACGCACCACCACCACCACCACCACCACCAUCACCACCAUCAGCCGCAUCAGGCGCUUGAGGGCGAGUUGCUGGAGCACCUGAGUCCCGGGCUAGCGCUGGGUGCCAUGGCGGGCCCCGACGGCGCCGUGGUGUCCACUCCAGCUCACGCGCCGCCCAUGGCUACCAUGAACCCCAUGCACCAAGCCGCUCUCAGCAUGGCCCACGCGCACGGGCUGCCCUCACACAUGGGCUGCAUGAGCGACGUGGACGCCGACCCCCGGGACCUGGAGGCGUUCGCCGAGCGCUUCAAGCAGCGACGCAUCAAGCUGGGGGUGACCCAGGCCGAUGUGGGCUCCGCGCUGGCCAACCUCAAGAUCCCCGGCGUGGGCUCGCUCAGCCAGAGCACCAUCUGCAGGUUCGAGUCUCUCACGUUGUCUCACAACAAUAUGAUCGCGCUCAAACCCAUCCUGCAAGCGUGGCUAGAGGAGGCGGAGAAGUCUCACCGCGAGAAGCUCACCAAGCCGGAGCUCUUCAACGGCGCGGAGAAGAAGCGCAAGCGCACGUCCAUCGCGGCGCCGGAGAAGCGCUCGCUCGAAGCCUACUUCGCCAUCCAGCCGCGGCCCUCUUCCGAGAAGAUCGCCGCCAUCGCUGAGAAGCUGGACCUUAAGAAGAACGUGGUGCGCGUCUGGUUCUGCAACCAGAGGCAGAAACAGAAAAGAAUGAAAUAUUCCGCGGGCAUUUAG